AUGCCUAAACCAGACGAUAGUAUAAUGAACACAGGUGUAAAUAGGCUUAUCGCAGAUGAAAGAAUUUAUAAGCCUCAUAAACAACAAGAAUUGUACGAUAAGUUGUUACCAGUGCUAACUGAUGAGAAGAGACGUGUUUAUGAAGAAAUCAUUCACUCUGUGAAUCACGAAAAAGGUGAUAUUUUUGUUGUCCAUGGUUUUUGUGGUAUUGGGAAAACUUUCAUGUGGACUAUUCUUAGUGCUAAUAUAAGGAGUUUGCGAGAUAUCAUGAAGUGUGACCAGACUUUUGGAGGUAAAGUUGUUGUGUUAGGAGGUGAUUUUAGACAGAUACUACAUGUUAUUACCGAAGGAGGAAGAGUAGCGACAGUUUUAGCAUCUAUCAACUCAUCUGUUCUUUGGAAUAGUUGUAAAGUUAUUAAACUUACCGAAAAUUUGAGACUUCACAAGGCACGUAAUAGUAUGGACGCGGGUGCUCUCGCUACUUUUUCAAAGUGGCUUCUUGAUAUCGGGGAUGGCAAAAUCAAUGAGUCAAAUAGUGGGGAUGUGGAGAUAGAAAUUCCGGAUGAUUUAUUUACUAAUACAAGUGGAAAUCCUAUUGAAGCAAUAGUUAAAAAAAUUUACGGAGAACAUUUUGCAAGGAGGACUGAUCCAAAUUUCUUUAGUGAAAGAGCUAUUCUAAGUCCAAGAAAUGACGAUGUUGAUAAGAUAAAUCAGUUUAUGCUUACUAAGCUCCCAGGUGAAGAGAGACGAUAUUGUAGCUCUGAUAGUAUUGAAACGUCUGAUACAAGCGGACAUGAUAAUAUGAUCUACACUCAGGAAGUCUUAAACAGUAUACAAGUUUCUGGAUUGUGA